AUGGGAUUUUGCAUUAAUUUACUUCCACGAGGAUGGCAUGGAUUAUUAUCAUUAACACAUAUGAUCUUGUUAUAUUAUUUCCCUGAUGUUACUAUUCAUCUGGAUAAAAUGAAAUUGACAACGGAUAAAUUACUUCGUCGAUUCAUUUUUAAUUUAAAUGUUAAAAUGUGUAAAGACUUUAAAGCAAUUCUGACUCUUUUAGAUGGAAUAUUCACAUUCCAAAAUAAAAAUCUUUAUUUCUAUAUGAUAGUUGCUAUUUACGAAGACAUGGGAAAUCAAUUGAAAACACUUCAGACACAAGAAGAGGUUCUUAACUUUAUCACAUCAAAAAGUUAUACAUCUGAUGAAAUUAAGAUUCUUCUCUCAAUUGCUAAAUGUUAUUUAGCCAAAAGUCCAGCCUCCUUUAAUGGAUUAAUUAAUGGGUGUUUGAAUAAUACACCUCAAUUCAAACAAUGGUACACUGCUAACAUUUCAGAAGCAUUUGUUGUCUCACUGACACCAACCGAUAUUGUAAAUUACACCCUACUAUUUAAACAACCACUCCAAAUGAUAGAUGUUCGAUCAAAUGAACAGUACCAACAAGGACAUUUAACACAUGCAAUUUCAUUAGAGAUUGAUAAUCAAAAGAAAGAAAAUAUAGAAAAAAUAUUUUCAGAAUUGACACAGAAACAACCUGUAGUGUUCUACGCAUCUGGAGAAGGAGGUAAUCCCACAGUAAAAGAAAUGGCUAUCUUGUGCUAUGAACUAUACAGUAGAGGUUAUAAGAGAGUAGGAAUUAUGGUUGGAGGAUAUAAAAUGUAUCAUAAAUACUUUAUUGAAGGGAGCUUAGGAUUUGAAAUAGAAAAUCGUAAUACACUGAAAUGUCCUGCAUGUCUUGGUGUCACAGGAGGAUUAUUUUCACGAUUUAAAAGAGGAGAAGUAAAGGAGAACACAGAAGGAAUUAGAGAUAAACGAAAGAAAGAUGGAGAGAAAGAAAAAAAGGAAGGCGACAAAGAAGAAAAACAAGAGAUUAAAGGAGAGACAGAAGGAAAAGAAGACGAUGGGAAAAUCAAAGUAGAAAAAGAACAAACAAAGUCAAGAUGGGGAAAUUCAUUCAGGCAAACACUACGAUGGCUAACAGAAGAACCUAAUAAGGAAAAAAAGAGUGAUGAAGAAAAGAAAGAAGAAACAGCAGAAAACCAAGAAGAAGAAAAUAAAAAAGAACAAGAAACAAGAAUUGAAAAAGAAGAAACAAAAGAAGUAAGUAAGGAAUUAGAAAAGAAAGAAAAGUUAAAAAAAUGA